UAAUUGGUUUUAGAUAUUUAAGUUAAAUGUCGCUAAAACCCUGUAAAAACGUUUCCACCUUAAACUUACAAAUCUCCGAAACCCGCUCAUCCAAAACGUCUCUUCUCGAACAAUUCUGGGUGACCCUGGCCGGGGUUUAAAGCAUAGCUGGUGCCGUGACCUACUAAUCAACUAGUUGACUUGUCCACUAACUACUACUAUCCUGCCAUGAAGUGUUAUCAUUGAAUAACUUCUUCAAUCAAGCCAACCAUGGCCGAUGACCUACCAUGUAUCCCUUCAUCGUGCUAAUUGUCAAGAGGACAAAUUCAUUGAAAAUGACAUGCCAAAAAAAAAUGAUAAAAAUAAUGUAAAAGGUAAAAAACGUAAAAAGUGUUUACGUGACAAAACAGCUCCAAGACCUCCACAUUCUGGAUACAUACGAUUUUUGAAUGACAGGCGUGAACAAUUUCGUUCUGAAAAUCCCAAUUUACCAUUUGCUGAAAUAACCAAAGUAUUAGCGACUGAAUGGAACCAGUUGCCAACGGAUAAGAAACAACAAUAUCUUUUAGCUGCUGAACAAGAACGAGUAAAAUAUGUUGAAGAAUUAGCUGUUUACAAAAAGACUGAUGCAUACAGAAAUUUUAUUCAACACAAGAAGAAAAAAAAAGUUAAAACCCCUAUCCAAAAAGAUCAAGAAUUAGAAAAAGAAAAUCCAUUCGGUGAUAACAAUAAUACAGUUUGUAAUAUACCUAUAUAUACUGAAGAAUUCUUAAACUUCAAUAGAGCUAGAGAAAGUGAACUAAGGUACCUCCGUAAGACAGUAACAGAUCAAGAACAAGCAGUAUCUGUCUUAGACAAACAUAUUGGAAACAUGAAUAAUGGAGCUAUAAAAUUAAUAGCUAACAAUGAAAAACUCAAAGCUGGAUGUUCAAAAUAUGAACAGUAUUUAAUUAAAUUGCGAUCUCUACUUCUGGGCGUUUUUGAUAACAUUGCGUUUCCAGAUGACACUGAAUCCCCUACCAAUGAGACCAUUGACUCAUUCAUGGUUAAUUUAAACACUCUUCUGACAACGGACUCUGGUACUCAUCCUUCCUGGAUUGCAGAUGUAAAAAAAGGUAUUUCUAAUUUGGACUUGACAGUGUUAAAAUAAAUUGUAUUUUAAUUUACUAAACUAUAAUUAAUUAUAAGUUAUCUAAUUAUAUUGUUUUUUAAUAUUAUUUUAUGUAAUACGCCUAUACCUGAUCAUUAUUGAUAGUAUUACUAUAAUAUUUUUUUUAUUUAAACAUUAAACAUUAAAUUAUUUUAUAUUUUA